CCGCAAACCCGCACUUCGCUGGAGAAUCUCUUUCCCGACACGUUAAGCGGCAAGAAUAAAUGGCACAGCGACGGCCCUCCCAGAGAGCCACAAAAUCCGUCCGGCCCGUCGCCAGCGUUCCGCAGGGGACGGCAGAGGCCGCCCACCGCCCCGCACGCCUGCAGCCGCAGCCCCGAUGCCGGGGGCUCCCGCUGCCCACCGCCGCCUGCCCUCAGUGCCGGGCGGCCGCGCAGCCCCGCAGCCCCGCGAUUGGUCACUUCCUCUGUCAAUCCCUUCGUGUCACCUCCCCCGCCGUCAGGGGCUGGUGAGGCACGCGCACAGCCAGGGGCUCCUGCGUCGGGAAUGAGCUGGACGGCCGGGACCGGGGCUAGGGCUGGCUCGGGGCGAGCUCCGGGGUCAGGGCUAGCUCGGGGUGGCUGCAGUCGCGCAGCCACUCAGCAUCGCAUGUCCUCCGCUGCACCUCAGACAGCAGCGGGAGCAUCUGAACCCAGGGCUCCGCUUCUCGCAAGACAAUAUUAUUGUUGAAGAUUAGUCAGAUGCCUUCUGUCCAUUCCCUGCCUCACAUGCUAUGUCAUGCAAGCUUUGGAAUACUUAGCACAUAAUUUAAACGAAUGACUAAUUUGGCAAGCAUAAUGGAAGGCACGCAUACUAUCCUUCAAUUGCACAAACCCAUUAUGGAGCUUUGUUACAUCAGCUUCUAUCUUCCAGAGGGCAAAGUCAGAGGAUUUACUUACAAGGGCUGUUUAACACUGAAUAGAACCAGUAAACGUUUCUGUAGCUGCUAUCAAGUAAGGGAGAGGUUACAGAUGGAGCUGAAAGAACAGCCAUAUGAAAACUUUGGAGAUAUUAUUUUCAAGCAAACUACCACAAAAGACAUUCUCAUUGAACUGUACAAACUAACUGCUGAAAAGGAAAAACUGUUAUCCAGUCUUUUGAGAUCACAUCAUAUUCUGGACCUUAACACAGGACAUCAAGAGAGAAAGCGACAGGAUGUUUCUGGAGUCCCAAAACUUAAAAGUGAUGAUUACUUCAGUUUUACACAUCAGCAGAACUUCUUUCUGGUUUCCACACAUAGAGACAAUUUGAAUCACAAAAAAUUGAAGAAAUAUAGAAGGAAAGAGAGCUUUGAGGAGUUCAGGCACCAGAAAGGGCGGAAAAAGAUACAUGAACAACAUUUUUCUUUACUGAGCACACAAAACAUGCAACUGGAAAAUAAGAGAAUGCUCCCAACAAGAUUUCCUACCAAGAGUUUUCCCAGUUCCUUUUCUGCCUCCAGUUGGCUACCAAUAAAAGGUAAGGAUGAUUUACCAGUAGACAAUAGUAUACAACCAGAAAGGUGGAUAAAAGAGGGGUGUUUUCUUGAAAGCAACAAAGCUGUGAAACUGGAUGCUGACUUACCAAGUUCUAGCUCAAAAGACAAUGACACAGUCACAGUUGAACUAGUGGAUAAUGGAGAAUGCAUCCCUGAAGUUAUGAAAGUGCAACAGAGUAUCUCUUUGGUAAAGUCAUCUGAGGACAGUCUAUCUAGCAAACUCGAGACAUUAAGUAAAUCUGCAGCUGCUAAAAGCUUGAAAAGUAGCAAGUAUGCUGAGCCAGUAUGCAGGGAGAAACCAGGAAUCACAGUUGUUGCUGAAGUACAGGACUCAGAAGCUUGUAUUAAAAAAGUUGACAAACACCCUUCAGAGUCUUUACCUGAUUUUCACACAGAUAAAGAAACCAUUCCUCCUGUUCUCACAACAGUAAGUAAUGAGUUUAUAUUAAGAACUGACAUAUACUCCGUAGAUGAAGCUGCUGGAGACUCUAAAAACGCUGUGCUGAAGGAAGAGGAGCAAGGCGGCUCUGGUUUGCAGUACAAAGCAGAGAGAGUGCACAUUACUGAUGAGUCACGCAACCUUGUGGGAGCAGUCAAUAAAGCUCUUCUGAGAGUUAUUCGGAGCGACAGUUUAGAUGAAGCUGCAGAAUGGAAGAGACUGCAACAAAUUACAAGAGUAGACAGAAACCUGCCAGGCUCAAUAUAUGAGAAAAGAACCACGGUAUCCCGGGGAAGCAACAAGCAUUUAUUUUUGGACUUGCCUGUAAAUGAAAGUCCUGGUCUUUCUCAGACAAGUAAUAAUCUUAAACUGGAAGAGAAAAAGCUGCAUUCACCCUCGUUAGUAUCAACUGCCUAGCCCACAGCUGCAUCAUCGGAUUCUCCCAUUGCCAACA